AUGCACACCCUCGACACGAUCCCUCCUGAGGUCCGCCUCAAGAUCUUUGAACAGUACAUGCAGGACUUGGACUGCAAGCUCGCGCUCUACAUCAAGACAUCCUGCUUCAAUCAUCAUCCCGAAGGCAACGGCAGCGGCGCCAUCAUCGACGGAGACGUGAGACUGUCUGUCACCUUCACGCCCAAAAGUCAACAAGGCACAUAUCGCACAUCGAGACCUGUUCAUACCUGGCCUCCAGUUUCACGCAACGAGCAAUCAUUCUACAGUAGCCUGCUGUCCAGCAACCAGAAGUUGCGCCGUGAGUUCAUCGACUAUCUAGGCAAGACUCUGCAUUUGGACGUUUUGAGUGGUGGUGCUCCGGGCGACAGCUGCGUUACCAUCGGACGGGUCUCAGACUUUGUUCCUAAGUCAUGGAAGGAUUCGGUGAAGACCAUCGAACCAAUUCUCCGCGGCAGAUUCGUCAAACUUCAGACGUCUCUGUCUGAUGGCUUUUCGACGCUUCGUAAGGUGGUUCUUCCCGACGAAGCGCUGGGUGCUGAGAUUGGGUCCACAGUCGAAGGCCACUCUUCUAUCCUCCCAGACAUCGACGUGGGCCCCUUGAAGAUCGCCUCCGAGGACGAUGCAACCGAAGUCUUCUCAGAAUGGCUACAGGAGUUCGACUCAACGCCGAGUCGCGGCAGUGGAGCGGAAUGGGAGUCGCGAAUGACCGUUGGCUUGUGCCACCAUAGCUUUGGAGGCAAUAAUCGACAUUAUGCUAGCUUUGGUGGAUAUGUUGCGGAUCUCCUAGUCAAGAAGGAAGCCAAUGGUCGCAUCACAACGACGUUCCAGAAGAAAGAAUACUAUGAGACACCGAGAUGCACGAAGUUCAGUACCGUCAGAAAGGAAAGCGAUGGCCGUAUCAUAGGCACCUUCCACGCCGAUGCCGGCUACAAGGACCUUCAAGAAGGUCACAACGUGGAGGUUCCCAUGAGUUACUACCAUAUCUCCUUCUGA